AUGCCGCGUGGAGCGGAGAGUGGACUUGGAAAGGGUGCGUGCGGGUUAAGUUCGUAUCUAGGCAGUGCGACGCGCGCCCAGUCGCCAAUGGGCAGCAACACUCCCCCCGUCGCUCCGCCGGGCUGGACACGCCAUGUUAGCGAGCUGCACCUGUGCCUCCGCACCGAUCCGCCACCGGAUUCGCAACCCCCGGGCCAGCGCCAGCCACCCAGGGCUCCCGGCAAUGCGCACGUGGCUGUGCCAUGGGCCGACGUGCACCCGGACGACGUAGAUUUCGUUGCAGCCGCCGCACCCGCCGCGGCCGUCGCGCAGCCCCUGCAGGCGGUCCCCGCUCAGCUGCAAUUCCAAAUCGAGCUGGCUGGUGGAAACGUUGUCGUUCACGCUCAUCACGUGCAAUCUGGGUCGCAUGGGGCACAUGGCGUAGCGAGGGAGCCGAGCGAUGGCACAUCUGCAGCCGUCGUUGCCACGGGAGGAGGAGCGCUAGGCGUUUUGCAAACUCCGCAGCAGGAGCAGCAGCAAGAGUCGACCGACAUGGUUCUGGAGCCCGGCGGCUGUGAAGGGGGGCCAUCGGCGCCGGCGCGGCGGCGGCCCAGUCGCCUUCGCCCGGAGGUUGUCCUGAACAAUCGUUUGGCCGCUCUGACGGUGAAUCUGAUGCCGUACCUUUGUCGCUUGCGCGUACUCAGCUUUGAGAACGUGCCGCGGCGCUGCCUGGCCGCCGCAGGAGAGCUGGCGGCGGCGGCCGCGGGCCUGACGGAGCUCCGCGUUGGCCGUACUGAUCCGCCGGAGCCUCCGCUGCCGCUGCCGCUGCCGCCUCAACCGCAGCUGCAACCGCAGCUGGCGGGCGCUGAAGCCGCUGGCGCGGGCGGUGGCGGCCAUGACGCCUGGUUCGGCCUGCUCCACGACCAUCACCACCAUCUGCAGGCGGCGCAUCACCACCUGUACCAGCUUCACCAGCACCUUCUGGAAGCUUUUGCCGAUUUGCAUGAUCUGCACAUAAAUAACCAUCCCGCAAACAACCCCGAGCAGGACGUGCUCAUGGGAGGAGACCAUGAUGAAGAAGGGGCUGCGGGGCCGCUGCCGCUGCCGCCUGGCGACGGCAACGGCGGCGGCGCAGACGACGGCGGCGGCGCUGAUGACGGCAGCGAACAUGGGGCAGAGGUUAGGGAAGAGGAUGAGGAUGAAAACUGGUUGGAAGUGCCCGAACCUCAGGCAUUAGCAGUGGAGCCAGCAGCGGCGCAGGAUGCGGCGGACGGGGGGGACCAGCUGGAAGAACAUCAGGAGGCGGCUAUGGUGCCGGAGGAGGCGGACACGCAGCAUGAGGGCGAAGAAGGCGAGGCGGAGGCAGCGGGGGUCUCCCAGCAGCGGGAAAGAGGCGUCCGCCGCUUUGGCGGUGCGUUGGCGGUGGACGCAGUAGAUGCGGAGAUGGCGGACUCCAGACUGCGCUGGACGAUGCCGCCCCAGGAGCAGCAGCAGCAGCGGCGGCAGCGGUGGUGGAGUUUGAGGCGGCUGUCACCGUCCGCCCUGGGUGACGUACGGCCUUUGGGAUCGCAUGGCGCGGCGGCGGCGGCGGCGGCGGCGGGACAUGAGGCCGGCGGGGCGAGCGGCUCUAGAGGUGGGAUCGCAGUGCCGGCGGCCGUGUCGGCGGCGGUUCAGGUUGGUGAUGUGAGCGAGGCGAGGCAUGGCGACGCCGGUGGUGAGGCUGCGGACCUGGCGGGUGCAGCGGGUCCUUCCGGUGCAGCGGGCAGCGGCGGCGGCGCCGCCACCGGUAUCCUGGACGGCGUCGCGGACGUUCCUGACUUGGCGCUGUCGGAGAGAUGGCCAGCUGGUGGAAGAGAGGGCUUGGGCGAUAGCGACCUGCGUACGCUGGUUCUUAGAGGCGGGAAGCUGCGGGCUGCGGAUAUGGCGGGACUGGUGGCGCUUACGGGCCUGCAACAGCUAGUGGUAAACCACGUGGUCAAUAUGCACCCGGGUCUGGCCUGCCUGGCGUCUCUGUCGGGCCUUACUCGCCUCGUCAUUGAAGAUCUGCAGUACGCUGGCGGCGCCAUCCACGACGAGUUCUGUGGUCUCAGUCGUCUGACGGGUCUCCGCAGUUUGUCCUUCCUGGUGGUGGGUCCCCUGCCCGCGGAGGUGAUGGCCUGGGGGGCGCUGUCCCAGCUCACCCAGCUGGAGAUCACUAACCACUAUGACGACAACCUGCUGCCGUGCUUCUCCGCGGUGCUCCCCCGCCUGCCGCACCUGCGAUCUCUCAACCUGUCCAAUUUCGACAUCACAAACUCCCUGCUGGUGGCGCUUCGGCCCUGCACGGGCCUCAGCUCCCUUCAGAUGGGUCGCUUCAACCUGACCGCUCCGUGCUCCGAAACCAUGACCGCACUGAGGCUGCUGCACCUGGGCUUCGUGGACGACCUGCAGCGCACGGAGGUGCCCCUGCUGGCGGUGUUUCCUAAUCUGGAGGACUUGGCGCUGCAAACCAGGUACGUGCUCAGCCAUGAUUCCGCACAGCGGAUUCCUCGGGAGCUGCUCGUCACCGGUACGACAGCGCUGGCGGCCGCGGGGGCGGUGGCGGCGGCGGCAGAAGGGGGAGAGGGCGGUGGCAGUGGCGGCGGCGGCGGGAGGACGUUGCCGGUGGCCCGGUUGCACCUGUACGACGCCCUGAUGAGCCCGCUCGUAUCCGUCGCCAUCCCUGGACUCACCAGCCUGCGCCUGGACUGGAACCAAACCGAUACUGCCGUGCUGGUGUCGUACAUGUCCCAGUGGGGCGGCAGCCUUACCAGUUUGGCCUGGUGCAAUUGCGACGCGAUGCGGGAUGCGGGAUUGGGUCUGCUGGUGGGGGCGCUGCCUAGGCUGACUGAGCUGGAGCUGGUUCGUUGCGUUGGCGUUACGAAUGAGGGCCUGAGGUCGUUAUCCGCUCUCACGGGCCUUACCACCUUGACCGUGGCGGGAGUACAUCAGUUGACCCUGGAGGGCUUCUCGUCCGUGGUUUCGGAGCUGGCCUUCCUGAAGCGCCUGACGUUGCGCGAUAUGGCUGGGCUGACGGCGGCGGACUGUACGGCGCUGGAGGGUCUGAACCAGCGCCACAGUCGCGGACUGCUGGUGGAGAUGCUGCCGUAG